AUGUAUGACAUUGCUUUGAUAUCAUAAGAAUCUUAAUAAGAAAAUAAAGAAGCCUAUUUAGAAAAUCAUAAGAAGUUCUCAGAAUAAUCUUCAUUGAAAACUGAUUAUCUAUCAUCAGAUUGUCAUUAGUAAAAAAACUAAUAAUGGAUGCAUAAAUCCUCCUCGUUGACUCAAAUCUAUCCUUCUUUGGACGAUAACUUAACUUGUAUUUCAUAAACGUCAUCAGUUAUUUCAGUGAAAGAACCAAAGAUACCAAUUGAAACAAACAAGAAAAUUAAGAAACGAAAGAACCAUGCUCAUAGAAAUCUUAAAACAGCUGUCAGUAGAAAAUAGAUUGAAAUGAAAUGUCAAACCGAAAAAAGACCAGAAAAAUCGACUGGGUAGCUUUUACACUAUUUACAUGAGAAAGAUGUAAAAAUUCCAAUUCCAUCAAUUGAAACCAUUAUACAAUAAGAAGCUCUUUUGAGUGAAUAAAUUCUUUCCUAUUCAAACUAUUAAUACUAUAUGCACAAUUUGAUUGGCUAUCUAAUGGGAUCUUUGAAAGACUCUUUUAUGGCUUAAAUGUACAUAAACCAUUUCUCUCAAUUAUACAGUAAUCUGUAAAAAUCAAAAUUAAUUGUGUGCCCAUAACAAUAUUCAUUUUCCAUCAAAAUUUAGCCAUAAAAAAAAAUAUAGAAGACUUUGAUAAUAGAUUUAGAUGAAACAUUAGUACAUUGUAAUGAAUUUAGUUGUUUAAAGAGUGAUUUUUUCAUUCCAUUAGUUUAUGGUGAUAAAAGCUUUUAGGUUGGCAUAAGCAUAAGACCUCACGCAUAAUAAUUCUUAAGGAAUAUGGCUAAGGUCUAUGAGAUCAUAGUAUUCACUGCAUCAAAUCCAGACUAUGCGAACAAAAUUAUUGACUAUCUAGAUCCAGAACAAAACCUUGUAUCCUAUAGGUUGUUUCGAGACGAUUGCAUUCAAAUAUCAAAUAAUUGUCACAUUAAAGACCUAAGAAUUCUUAAUAGGAAUAUGUAAGAUAUUGUCUUAGUUGAUAAUUCUGCUUACUCCUUUGCUUUUUAAAUUGAUAAUGGAAUUCCAAUCAUACCAUAUCUUGAUAACAAGAAUGACAAAGAAUUAUUACAUUUGGAAAAUUACCUCCAUUAUGUGAAUCAAUUUGAUGAUGUUCGUAGUUAAAACAAUAAGAUGUUUAAUUUGAAAAUAGUGUAAAAUUGCAUUUCAAUAGCAGAGGCUAUUAAAUGCUUAGCAGCCUCAAUCUCAAAGUGA